AUGUAUGGCUCCCAGAAGGUGAAAUAUUUCGUCCGAAGCUCUGCUUUACUGCUUGAAUCGGUGCUGGUUCCUCUCCAUACAGUGACACUUCUACUGGACAGAAUUCCCGUCAUCUCACCGUGCCAUGUUCCUUCAGCCAGAUGCACUCAUCCUGCUCAGUUGAAAGACGAUGUACAAAGUCCAGGAGGUUUUUCUGUGUAUGGUAUGCAUAAGUUGGAAACUGGAGGAUUAAAUGGUCUCCUUAUGGAUGCAGUCGAAGCAGCGACAAACCGAUCUCGUGCCACAGGAGACAAGGCUCUUCCACGCGAAAUAAGAAAUUCCGAGUUGUUGCAGGACAUAUACGACGAAGAAAAAUCGGAAGUUGACGAGGCAAUUUUCACUCCGAAAAGACAUGCUCUAAGACCAUGUUUAAACGUCUUCGCAAUAUCUGCUGAGGUCUUUUUCUUGAUAAUCGAUGACUAUUCAGUAUAUUACCUGGAGCUUACUACCCGUUUCCGCCUUAUGCUGCUCGCUACAAAUUAA